AUGAUAUACCAUAGAUUUCAAGAUGAAAUAUUUGAGAGUAAGAAAAAAAGAAGAAUAAGCGAUAUAACUAUUCAAAAUUUGAAUAAUUCAAGUUGUAAUUUAUUGUAUCAAAGUAAAAAUAAAAAAAAAAUUAUAAAACUAAAAAAUGAAAAAAUAGAAGAUUAUUUCAUCAUUAAGAAUUUUUUGCCUAUUUGUGAAGAAUUUUUAUUAAAAAAUUACAAAAAUAAUUUUUUACAAGCAUUUAAUGAAAGAGAAAAAAUAAAAGAUGUAAAAACUAAGAAUAAAGAAAUAGAUGAUGUCACCGAUAAAAAUGAAGAAUCCAAUUACUACGAAAAAGAGGUAUCAAUGAUAGUAAAUGAAAAUAGUAAUAUUACUUCUUAUGGAGGUAAUAAUUUAGAUGAAAAAAAAAAGUUAGAUAAAAAUUAUGAAAAACAUGAUAGGCAAGAAGUAAAAAAUAAAAUAAAGCUCGAAGAAAAAAAAAAAAACAAUCAUAAUACGAACCUAGAAAAAGAUAUAAGUUUGUCUAAUAAAAUAUUUAACAAAAAAAAUAACUCAACAAACUCAUUUAAUUUAUAUGAAAAUUAUGUUAGAAUUACUAAAAAAUCAUUAAAAGAAAUGGAUCUUCCUUUUGAUAGAGCCGUUUUAUUAAAUGCAAUUGAUAGAAGAGAUAACUGCGAAAAAAUUAUAAAAAUUAUUAACAAAAAAAAAGUAUUAAGUGCAUUUGGAGAAUCUUGGGAAGAAAUGAUUGAAUAUAUUAUUUCUUUAAAAGAACACAAAAAUUUAAUGAAAAUUUUUGAUAUAUAUGAUGAUGAAAAAAAUUUUUAUAUAAUAAUGGAAAAGUUAUACGGAAAAGAACUUUUUAGUUUUUUAGUUUACAAAAAGCAAGUCAAGGAAAGCAUUUGUAAAUAUAUAAUUAGCCAAAUUUUACAGGCUGCUAAUUAUUUACAUUUUAAUAAUGUUAUUCAUAGAGAUAUUAAACCAGAGAAUUUAAUGUUUAGGAAUAAAAAAAGAAAAGAUAGAAGUUAUGAAUAUAAUUAUGAAUUAGUUCUUAUAGAUUAUGACACAUGUCAUUUUAUUAAUAAUAACCAUUACCCAAAUAAUAAUAGAGAAAAUAAAUAUUUAUAUUCAACUGUAAAUGGUAUUAUAUCAAAUUGUAUAUUUAGUCCAACUAAAAAUUUAACCAACGAUUGUGCAAAAUUAUACAAACAAGAUGAGGAAGAUAAAAAUGUAAAGCAAUUUUAUGCAAAAGAAUUCAAUAAAACGAAAAAAGGUGAAAACUAUAGUGAAAAAGCUUAUAAAAUAGUAGGUGAUAGAACAAGUAUAAAAAUUAAUGAACAAUUAAAUGAAAAGAUAGAUGAAAAACUUAAUAAAAAAAUAGAUAAAGCAAUUUGUAAUAAAAAUAGCAAAACAUCAAUAAAUAGAAAACAUAUAAAAUUAGUUGGUACAUAUGGAUAUAUUGCUCCAGAAAUUAUAAAGGGAUAUGGUUAUUCUAUUUUAUCUGACAUGUGGUCAAUUGGAAUAAUUUUUUAUAUUUUGAUGACAGGAAUUACACCGCUACCUAUGUGUUUAAUGAUUAAUUACAAAAAUACAAAAGAAAUAUUAUUAAAAAAAGAAAAAAAAGGAAUAAAUUUUAAUCUAUUAUCAUUUAAUAACUAUCCAUUAGCAAAAGAUUUAUGUGAAAAAUUCUUGCAAUUUGAUCCAAAUAAAAGAAUACCAAAUUCCAAUAUAGCAUCAAAUCAUCCAUGGUUAAAAUAUUUCAAUAUUUUAAAAAAAAAUUUUACCAAUUUUUCAUACGAAGAUGAAAAUAAUAACCCUCAUUUUUGUAUCAAUAAAAUAAUAAAGUAUAAUUUUAAUGGGAUUACAAAUAAUAUAAAAAAUAUAAAUGAACUAAAAAUUCCAAAUGAAAUAGAUAAUCAUGUGAUUUAUCCAUAUAAUAAGGAAUAUUGCAGUGAGUAUUAUAAGGAAUAUCAUAAUAAAGAUAGUGUAAAUGUUUGUAAUUCUUACUAUAAUAAUAUGCAUUAUUAUAUUCAAAAAAAAAAAUACAAUAAUGUAUAUAAUAAUUUAACCCAUUGUGCACCUUUUAAUAAUAAUAUUGUUUUAUUCAAUCAAGAAUAUAUUUAUAAAAAUAAUGAACACCUACAUAAAGGAAGCAAUUUUGCGAAUUAUUUAUUUUAUAUAAACAAAUUUAAGGAAGAUAAUGACAUUAUGAAUAAUUCCUUAUGUAUUUCAAAUAAAAAUAAGAAUAUUGAUAUUGUUAAUGGAAUAUUUCAUCAUGAAGAUAAUUUAUAUAAUUCCAUUAACGAUGCUGCAAUAAAAAAAUAUAUAGAAGAAGAAAAAGAAGAAACAAAAAUGAAAGAUGGAGAAGGGGAACCAAUAGAAGGUUGUAUACAAAUGAAUUCAAUGACCAAUGUUGCAGGAAAUAACUACAAUAAGUUUAUAGAGUUAUUUGAAAGUUUAAUAGAAAAAAAAAAAAAUAGCAUUCUUUCUUCAAGUAGUAAAUUCAACGAACUAAUUUUACAUAAUAAUACUAUACAGAGCACAGAUGAUAUUUUAAACAAAAGAGAAUUUUAUGCAUGUGCUAAAAAAAGUGAGAAAUAUAAAAAAAAUAGUAAAAAAAAAGAAAAACUAUUAAAUGAAGAAAAUAAUAUGAUAGAAAUGCGUAAGGAACAAAAUAUACAAACAUAUGAAAAUUGUGAAGUAAGAAAAAACAAUUUUUUAUCUAAAAAUGAGUAUACAGUAAAUGAUGUAAUAUUUGAUAAUGAAAAUGAAAUAUAUUGUACAAACCAUGAAAUUAAUUUACAAUGCACACCUCUAAAAGGUAAAAAAAAUUUUUACACAAAAAAUGAUAUGCAAAAUAAUAUAUAUAAAUUAAUUGAUAACGAUAAUCAUAAUAAUUAUUCUAGAAAUGCUACAAAAAAUAUUAAUGAAACUUAUGAAAAUACUAAUAUAUAUGAGAUGCAUAAUAACAUAAAUUACGGCGAUAACGAUAAUUAUUUGAAUACGAAUAAUAACAUUCAAUACAGUUUUCAUAUUAAUAAUUCUAUAAAUAACAAUAUUAUUGGUAAUAAGCAAAAUAAUAAUAUGAUUAUGAUGGGUGUUAAUUAUAAUUCUAAUAAAAAUACCUUAAAUAAUAAUAUAUCGGAGUUUUCAUGCAUUAAUAAUGGAUAUAAUUGUUUGAAGUUUUAUAGUAAUUCUAUAUCAAACAGAAAUAACUUAAUAUAUGAAAAUUUAAUUACAAACACUGAAUCAUGUGAUUCUUUUGUCAAUCAGAAAAAUCAAAAUAUUUAUUUUUAUAAUAGUAAUUGUGCGCAUAUAAAUACAUCUAACUAUUAUAUUACGAAUAAAUUUGAAAAAACCUUAAAUCCAUAUGUGAAUGAAUAUUAUAAUAUAAAUGAUAUAGCUAAUUCUGCAUUUCAAUUAUCUAAUGAAUUUAAUGAAUAUGAAAUAGGUGCAAAAAAAAAAAAAAGAAAAAAGAUAUCGGCAUAUUAA